AUGCUACCAUCACUUCGUGUUCGUCAAUACAGCAUCUCUUCAACGCCAUUGUGGAAUGCUGAAGUUGUUACAUUGACAAUUGAUAUACUGAACACUCCUGCAUUGAGUGGAGUAGGACAGCAUAUUGGUGUAGCAUCGAAUUAUUUAGGAAAUUUGAAAGAAGGUGAUCGAAUCAGUUGUGCCGUUCGAACGAGUAAUGCUCGAUUUCAUCCGCCAGAAGAUACGAAGAUACCCAUGGUGUUGAUUGCAGCUGGAACUGGCAUUGCACCAUUUCGCGGUUUUAUUCAGGAGCGAGCAGCACAAUUAGUAUGUGGCAGAAAAGUUGGACCAACCGUUGUUUAUUAUGGGUGGCGAUCGCAGGAUGAUAACUUAUAUUUUGAUGAACUCGAUCAAUGGUCCAAACUUGGCGCUGUUAAACUACGAAUUGUUUUUUCUCGUCAAACGGUCAGUGAGAAAAGAUAUGUACAAGAUUUAUUAUGGGAAGAUCGGGAUGAGAUUAAGAAUUUAUAUUGUAAUGGUGCACGUUUUUAUACAUGUGGAAGUGCAAGGAAAGUCGGUGCAUCCGUGAAAACGUGUUUUGUUAAAAUCAUUCAAGAUGUUAAACAAUGCGAUGAAGAGGAAGCAUCAAAGAUUUUAGAAGAAAUUUCUCAGGAUCGAUACAGUGUUGAUGUUUUCACAUGA